AUGUCAGAAAAGAAGGAGCUUAUGCGCGCCGAGGAAGAAGUGAUAUGGAACGAGAUGGAUGACUUGGGUGAAAAUGACAUGGAGUCCCCACCGACAUACAGUUCCAUCUUCGAGGAUGCUUCAGUGAAUUCGUCACUACUUAUAGCCGAGGAUGAUGAGAAAUCUCCGGCGGCCUUUGAAAAAGUUACUAACGCUGAUCGCUUGGAAGAUGGCCGUUUCAGCAUAGACUUGAGCGCUGGGUCACGUACAUCCGCUGUUUUACAAACCCUGGUGAUACCAGCACAGAUCCCAAGAGUGAUAGACAUUACAUCCGACUCGAAGCCAAGGCCACCGCCACAAGAAAGGACAGAAGAAACAUUUCAGAAGUAUGGUGUCUCCUUAGAUAUCGUACUGAUGCUUGUGGGUACUAGAGACGAGAUCAAAUCUUGUAUCUCUGUUGGUCAUGAACUACAACGGCAGGGCCACCGAGUUCGAGUCGUGACACAUUCUAUCUUCCAAAAUAUCGUCAUGAAGCUUGGGUUGGAAUUCUUCUCGGCUAGCAGUGACCCGGAACAUCCAAUUGCAAAACAAGAUUCAGGCUUGAUGCCUGGCCUAUCCAGCCCAAACAAGACCGAGAUCAGGAGAAACAGCAAGAUGCUCUUGGAUUCUCUCAAAGCUUGCUGGAUUGCGUGUACCCACCCAGGAAGAUGGAAAGAAAGACCAUUCUUAGCCGACGCAAUCAUCGCGACGCCUCUUGCUCAUGCACACAUUCAUUGUGCAGAGCGCUUAUCGAUUCCACUGCAUAUCAUGUCUACAACCCCGUGGACCCCAACUAAAAGCUUUGCGCAUCCGCUAGCACAGAUCCGAUUGAACGACGGGGUCGAUAGGGAAACGCAGAAUUACCUCUCCCACAUUCUGAUUGAGGACACUGUCUGGCAUGAAAUUUACUAUGUCGUAGAUCAUUUUCGGCGGUCGAUCCUAGGGUUGCCGCAAAUCCCUCUUGAAGAUAGCGCAGGUCUGCUACGAAGGUCCAAUAUCCCUCAUACAUUCCUCGUAUCUUCUGCGUUGAUCCCACGACCUGAAGACUGGGAUAAUCAAAUAGAUAUUUCUGGUUACGUGACGGCGGAUCAUGAAGUACCAUACACUCCCCCUGAAGAUCUCGUUCAGUUCCUUGAAAAGGCCGUCGCCCCGAUUUACGUCUCACUACAUAUAGAUCUUCUCAACAGCCCAGAAAGAUUUAUCUAUUUCCUCAAAGAAGCUUCCAACAAGUAUGGGUUUGCUUUCUUGCUACCAAGCCACUUCGAAUCUGUGAGCGGCAUUUCAGAUUCCCAUUUCUUCGUGCUGCACAAUGUUCCAAUAGACUGGUUGAUACCCAAGAUUGAGGUGCUUAUCACACACGGUGAUGCUGAUAUGGUAUCGAUGGGCCUUGGCCAUGGAAAACCCAUGGUCACUUUGCCAGUCAUUCGCGAUCAGCCGUUCUGGGCUAGUGCUGUCUCUCAAGUAGGCGCUGGACCUAUUCCUAUUCACGAAAAAGGUAUUUCCAGCGAGGAAGUGGCCCAGGCAAUCCGCCAAUGUCUUCAGCCCGAAACUCGCAAAAUAUCCAGCCACAUCAAAGAGGGCCUUGCAAAAGAGCGUGGUUUAGCAAAUGCCGUCAGCUCGUUUUAUCGUCAUCUCCAAUGGGAAAACAUGCAAUGCGAUCUCACCAAGACAUCGCCUGCAGUAUAUCACAUCGAGAAGGGCCAGUCCAUUAAACUUUCAGCUGCGGCAGCGGCAGUACUUGUGAGAUCCAAUGCAGUGAGGAGGUCUGACUUGAACUUGAUUAAGCGCCGAGAGUACGACACUACGACUGAAGUCGCUCCCGAGGUCCCACCCUCUGCUCCCGUUACAAAAUCUGUGGGCAAGAACUUGAUCAAAGCUAUUAUCAAGCCGACUGUCAGCCAUAUUGCAGAUGCCUACAAUGAGAUGGAGGCCAGAGAUGAUACCGAUGCAGCUAAUUCACACAAGUUCAGGGGGAAAUCAAAGAAAGGAAUGGCAGUGGGUGCCGCCAGAAAUGCCGGUUUCGUGUCCGCGGUAUUUCUGGGGAAAGUUGCCAUGUUGCCUUUUAAGACUGUUUACUACAUGGGUGAAACUGCAUCAUACAGUGUGAAAAGUCUGCAAGGGUCAACUCAUUCUGAAAAGCAGAAAGACACCAGUACAAACGAGUCUGAAAUGGCGUCCGAGUGUGACAUAGGGGCCUCCAUAGAUGAGAAACGAACAGAGACCAUUCGGAAUCUGCAUUUUGAAAAGGGAAGGAGAGAUGAAAGACUUCGAGAUCCCGAGUUCACAAAGACCGUUCUGUCGAAGUUUGAAGAUAUAUGUACAGCCAGUCUAACCAACAAACUCGACGGCUGA